AUGAAGCAGGAAAGGUACGAUAUCCAUUGCGAUAGUCAGAGCGCAUUGGAUUUGAGUAAGAACGCGAUGUACCACUCUUGCACGAAGCACAUUGAUGUCAGAUAUCAUUGGCUACGUCAAGUAGUGGAAGAACAACAGUUCAAGUUGGAAAAGAUUCACACUGAUGAAAACCCUGCUGACAUGAUGACAAAAGUUGUAACAGGAGGAAAGCUUCAGCUUUGUGCCGAGUUGAUCGGCAUGGAAUGCAAUUAUGGAUCUGAGUUUUGUUUGCUUAUAUCUUUGUAUAUUUAUGUUUCUGACUACUCUGAGUCGGGACAGGCGUGGUGGAGUGGACUGCCCCUAAACGGGCCAGGUCGUGGAACCGACCUGCGAGAUAGCCGUGGUCAAGGGCCCAGGGCGUGGUUGUGGGGCAGGACAAAGUACUUGAGCAACUACAAACCCCAGUUCAAUAGGCCCCACAAGAACUCAUUCUUGUCGUACGUUCUCAUGCCGACUCUCACAUAA